CUGAUUUAGCUGGGAUGCGGUGAUGUGGCUCUUCUUACAACUGUUAAUGCUGUGGACGGUCGGUGCAGAGGAUAUGAAGCUAGUGCCUUUGACAAAACAAUUUCUGGAUAGAUUGCGGAAUGAAUCUUAUUACAAUCGCUACGCUACGCCUACGCAGUAUGAUGGCAUCCCAACAAAUGUCUCGCUAUCUCUGUUCAUCGAAGGCAUGUCUUCGUUCAGCGCACAAACAAUGGACUAUCAUUUAGAUAUGUAUUUUCAGCAGGAGUGGUACGACCAUCGAUUGGCGCACAAUAACAGUGUGCCUAUUUUGAUAAGGGAUAAAAAAGUAUUCGCAGAAAUGUGGCAUCCGGAUGUCUACUUUGCCAAUGCAAAAUCGGCUUCUUUCCAGGAGAUAACUGAUGACAACUUUUUCCUAUGGAUUUAUCCAGAUGGAAGAAUUUGGUACGAUACUAGAAUUUCAGUUAUUGUGUCCUGCAACAUGGACUUAUGGAAAUAUCCACUGGAUUCUCAGAAUUGCCCACUCCGGAUACUUUCCUACGCGUAUCCUGAAUCAACUUUACGCCUGAUUUGGUUUCUAUCAGAGGAUGGGACUCCGGCCAUCGAUAGAAACAGGGAAAUCACCAUGCCUGACAUGCAGCUCAAGGACAUUCAAACGGGUUACUGUAAUGGCACAUAUGCAACUGGAGUUUGGAGUUGCAUAUCGGCCGUAUUCUAUGUGGAGCGGGAAAUGAUGCACCAUGUGAUGCAAACGUACUUACCCACAGCCUUGAUAGUAGUUAUCUCAUGGUUCAGUUUCUGGCUUGAUGUUGACUCAGCUCCGGCGCGAGUGACGUUAAGCAUUACAACGUUACUAACCAUCUCUACUCAAGCGAAUGCGGUGAAACUUGCACUGCCAGAGGUGUCGUACAUGAAGGCCAUUGAUGUGUGGAUGGGAUCCUGUAUGGCAUUCGUAUUCGGUGUAAUGAUAGAGUUCACCAUUUGUCACUUUGCGAAGAAUCAAGAACUUCUUAGAUGUGAACCGAAACCAUCACUGAUUGUAGAUACCGCGUUGUCCACAUUGUUUGGUGCAGCCAGGGAUAUCGAUGACCUCGAUUCACCUGAAAUAAAUAUGCCAGAGACUGACGAAGACCUUGGAAUCACAAGCAGAGGAAACCAUGUAUCCCUAAAUCUGCUUAGUCCAGAGCAAACUGAGCCACGUCUCCGUAGCUUGGGAACAGAAGUGAGCACAAACGGAGCUAGAUACUUCGUUGGAUCAGAUCGGUUGCGAAGAAAACGAUCGAAGAAUUCAUUGUCUCGCAUUAGACAGCAGGUAAUUCGAAGAGCCAUGCAUUGGUCGCGAGUGCUAAAAAACUUGCGCGGACGUCGGGUUGCACAGCGAAUCGAUGAGCGAUGUCGGAAGAUGUACCUAGACGGAUGACAGUAUGCGGUUUGUUGGUGCGCUCAGGUACAACAAAGCGAGGAAGCCCUGUCACUCACAUUGCGCCAAUGGGUCGCAAGUUAUAAUCAAUCAGAAUUGUUACUAUGGAAAUUUUCGAUGUUUAAUUUGUUCCCAAAUCUUGGUUCGUAUUUAAUUCAUUGUUUAAGAUGAAGCAAAGUUUACAAUGUGUAAUCAUCAAACUCCAAAGUUUGAGUUCUGUUUGACUAACUGAUUUAUUGCAUAUAUUGAUGUGAAUAUCUUAUCACUAAUUCGGGUUUGUCUUCUACGUGCGGUCAUAUUGUUUAUGCGAUAUUAGUCGAAUUACUGUGUUAUUGUAGUUACAAUCAUUUAUAUAUGCAUGUCAACUUUCUACGCUAGUUCUGUACUUUGAGAACUUGCCUAUCGCGUCGAUUAGCAUCAAAUUGUCAACAACUUUCAUUUUGUUACCAUCAGUCAAGAACUCGCAUUCUGUUACCAUCAUUGAAUAGAAC